AUGGACACCCGAUUCGCAGCCAUCGCCUCCGAGGCAGCGAGGCGAUACUCGGAAUCGUCCUCAAAGAUACAGCUGGAUAACUUUAUAUCGCCUAAGAUAACAACCGUCGACCAGCUCAUUAAGCAGGUCGAACUACAGAAUGCACAGUUUGCAGCCUUCCGUGCCAAACGCCACGCCGUAUUCGGUGCCAUGGCGGCCGCCAUGAAGCCCGUCGAAGUUAUCGGCGAAAUCGCUGCAGGAAUUGCUGAAGAGGGAUUCCCGCCUGCCCAAAACAUCUUCAGUGCCGUUAUGUAUCUCAUUAAGGCUGCGAAAGAUACCAGUGCUAUGUACGAUGGUAUUAUUGACCUCUUUGAGCAACUACAGGACUUUACUGCCCGUUUAAACAUAUAUACUCAAUAUAAGCUGUCCCCACCGCUCAAGGAGAAGCUGACAAACAUCAUGGCAACCUUGUUCGAAGUGCUGGUUAUUUCCACACAAGAAGUCCGUCGUGGCAGGUUCAAGGCUUACUUCAAGCGGCUCUUUGGAGUCGGCAGCCCUGUCAAGGAAGCCCUGGAGAGGUUGCAAGCUCUGACUACUGGAGAGGAGAAAUUGGUCUUGGCCGAAACCUAUGGCAGUGUCUCCAUGCUUCACGAUACCACCGAGAGGGUAGAGACUCUUGUCACUCUCGUCAAUGAAAAUGUUAGGAACCUUCGACUCGACCAUCUUGGCCAAAUUGAUCUUUACCAGCGCGACAAAUUAAAAGCUGUUCUGGAGCCGUCACCAUUCGCGGACGACUUUUACCAGGCCUUUACAAAAUUGAGAAUCGCCGGCACCGGCGACUGGAUUCUGGAAGAUGAGACGCUGCUAUCUUGGAUAGCCGGCGAGAAGAAGCAUAUCUGGAUAUGCGGAAGUCCAGGCACCGGAAAGUCCUUUCUCACCGCACGCCUCAUUCAAUGGGGCAUUGAGAACCUUGGAAACAUGGCCUACUUCUUCUUCAGAGAGAAUAAUCCUGAAACCAAAUCGGUCCUGCAGGCAAUCCGCGAUGUCGCCUAUCAAAUGAGUGAAAGCGACGCAACCUAUGCCAAGGCUCUCACGAAUAGUCUCCAAAGUGCCGAGGAGAUCAAAACGGUUGCCAGUGCUUUUCGGCGGUUGCUUGUUCAACCGUUCCAAAACUCUGAGCGCGCUACGCCGACGUACAUUUUUUUAGAUGGAAUCGACGAAGCCUACCACGACGAAAUUGACCAACUUCUAUUUCAGCUUGCGCCCAGCGAUAACAUAGAUAGCCAGUCGGCUACAAAUAUACACGUUGCUCUUGUCGGACGCUCAUAUAUGACGGAAAAUAUCACGGAAAGGUUGGAUCCUAGCGGAAAAGGCGACGUUUUCAACACAAUUCAAAUAACCACGGACCGAAGCGGCCGUGACGUCGCCGCAUACAUUGCGAAUGGGGUUGCACAAUCCCGAAUAUUGGCAGCCAACACUCCAGAAUUCAGACAAGAGAUCAUUGCCACUAUGGAAAAGCAAGUUGACGGUCUUUUCAUUCUCGCCAAAUUCAUGCUGGCUGAGGUGAAUCGCAAGCGUCAUCCAAGGUCCAUCCGGAAAAGCCUGGAGACGUUUCCAAAAGAAAUUGACGGCAUGCUGCUACGGACGCUGGAAAGUCUCUCUGAAGCGAUAUCCCCAGAAGAAGCAGAAGACCUCAACGAAAUGCUGCGUUGGAUGGUCUGCGCAGAGGAGGCACUUUCGUUGGAGCAGCUUGAAGCGGUCCUUAUCCUACAGUUUGGAGAUCUUCCUUUUCGCCUUGAAGAGCUUCUAAGAGGUCAAUACGCAUGCUUCUUUGAGCUCGAACGAGAAGAUGGUCUUACAACAGAUGACCUCAUCAAAGAGUUUGAAAGAAAGCAGCGCCUCUCGCGGAGGGAGACCAUCCCGGUCUCAAAGUCGAAUCCAGAGAGACGUGUUGCUCCGGGCGAAAUCAUCGGAUCAGGGAAAGCCCUGAUGCCAAAGGGGAAGAUAAUGCCAAAAGGGCAGGAAGAAGCGAUUCGACGGUUGAGCAUGUCAUCCGGUGCCAGCUCCCCCAGUAGUGCAGCACAGAGCAUUGACUUCGCCCCGAUUUCCAAUGAAAUAGAGUACCGAUCCAAGAAAUCCACCACAUCUGUGAGCUUCUUUCAUAGUACGGUUCGCGCAUUCUUCAGAAACUUUUCGGAAAACAUGGCCAGCGCUUUGUUCAAACCAACAAUUCAUUUUGACAAUGUGGAAGCACGCCUACACAUUGUGAAAACUUGCCUCAGAAUCUUUUCUGACAUGCAAUGGUUUGAAAAGUUCAAUCUCGGUCCAGGAAAGGGAGCUAUCAAGCAAUAUGCUGCGUGGUACUGGCAAGAGCACCUUGCUGCGCUGGACCCUGCUGUCGUCAAUGCCAGCGACAAGAGGGAAUUGGCGCCGCAGAUCGUCGCCAUGCUGCUGGAUGAAGCGACCAUCAACGAAUGGACCUUUCUCUACUUGAAGAACAACGAAGGCUUGGAAGUUCUGAAUGAAUAUAAUCUUUCGGGCAUCCUGCGUUGGUUUUCCGACGUUGAUGUAGUCGGUUGCUUGACUGGCCCUUCCAAAGACUUUGCACUGUCACUGGCAGAGAAACCAUCCAAGAUUUCCGAACCGAUUGGUCGUCAGUACGCGAAAGCAUGGCUCUGCGCAGACUUUGAAGGCUACAUUCCGACCGUUUUUUGCUUCGACAUUGUGCAAAGUGCCGCGCUAAUGGCGUCUGGCUACAACUGUUCUGGAGCCGAAAACCACUGGCUUGAACUUUCUCUCGAUGAAAGGAUUGCGAAGGCGUCCGAAUGGACUGGCUAUCCAGAGACAGGAGUGUGGCACCGAAGAAUUGGAAGCACGUACUUGACCCUGGGUAGGCACGACGACGCACUCGCACAUUAUAACAAAGCCUUGGAAAUGGAUAACAACAAGCUGCUUACCUACGGAAGAAUUGCCUACUGUCUUUCCAAAGACAGAAGAUACGUCGAGGCCCUUGACAUGGCACUGGAAUGUGUUGUCCUUGAAGAGCAAGCCACUGCCGAUGGCAGAUUUACCGCAGACGCAAGUCAGCGCAGCAAAUGGAGGCUGUACAAGGACUACUAUCUCAUAGCGCAAUGCUACUAUCACACAUUUCAAGUCGAAGAGUCGCUGGAAUACUACCGCAAGGCAAUUGCAGCUGCCACUGCUGUUAAGCUGAAUCCGUCGGAACAGUUUCAAUCCGAGGUCGGAUAUCUGGAGACUCUCUACAACGAGAACAUGCACUCGGAAAUGAUGAGAACCGUUGAGCAGAUGUCAUUGCAAGUCGCAAAGAAGACUCAGGGAGAAAAUCGUUUAGUGGAGAUGUUUCUCGGGCAAGCGAAUAAACGUCUGGUUCUUGACUGGAUUCCAAAGGCUGCCAGCACAACGGGAAAGACAUCGUCCAUCCUCCAACUGCUGGAAAUGUCCAUUUGGACCGCACACGACGCUCGAGAUCUAGUCAUUUACCAAUAUCUGCGUCUUGCCUAUGGUGCUGUAUAUGCAUACAGCCAUUUAAUGGAGGAAGCCUUAGCUCUCUUUGAGCGAAUCUCCUUCGAUGAAUACCGCCCAAGAGGAACCAUUAUCGUUCGGCAAGCGCAUGCCAUCUCCUUCCAGCGUUUGGCUGCUUUGUACAAAAGACAGCUUUUACAUGCAGGAAUAAACUCGAAAGAGGCUGCGGAUUGGGUGAAGAGGCUGGAGGUUGUACGAGACCAGCAAGAUAAACACCAAGGCACAGACACGCCGCUGAACGUUCGAGGCUCUGACAUCAACAUGGCGGCAAUAUACCUUGGACUUUAUCACCACUUAUCUGGGAAUACACAAGCCUCCAACGCUAUUCUGAAGCCCUUGGUUUUAGACAGCCUGGACUUGCUUGCGGAUUCAGAACCUGAGAACGAUGUCUAUGCUUUGGACAACCUCCUGUGGCUCAUGACGGCGGCGGGAGAUGUCGGCCGAGCAAAGGCGUUAGGACAAUCGAUGCGCCGGGUCAACCCCAAUGCUUCUAUGGUGACUACGCAGAGCGAGUCUCCUGUGUUGCAAAGGCUAGAGCCCAAACUGCCGGAUAUCCAGCUAUCGGAUCGCAGCUGCGCCCAGUGCCUGCACAACAUCUCAUGCAGCGAAGACCUGACGAUUUGUCUGUUCUGUAUGGAGUGUUUCUGCUUACGCUGCAUGGAGAACGUUAUUAAAACUAAAGGGAACGCAACAAGGGACAAGGACAGGCGCAAGAAUGUUAUCUGUCGAAGCGAUCAUGAUUGGUUUGUUGUACAGCCGCUGAACCGCACUCUUCAUACUGGGGAGAUUUUGGAGGUAUCAGAGAUCAAAUUUUUCGGGGACUGGGAGGAGGCGUUGCGAAAGGAGUGGAUGGCGAAGGGGGUUUAA